AUGCCUACCUGGAAAGUAAAACAUAUGGGGAUGGCAUUUAAUGGGGAUGAUCUCAACUCUUCUAGAAAAGAUUUAAAUUAUCGUGCAAUUCAAAAUUUUUGUUCAGCGUCUUCAUAUGAUCCAUAUGUACCUAAGGAGGGCGCUGCUGGUGGACCACCUUCAAAAACUGCAGAAAUUCAAAAAAAAAUCGACGAGACAGUAGAAGUUAUGCGUGAUAACCUUAAAUCCGUUGCCGUAAGAGGAGAGAGAUUAGACACUUUACAAGAUAAAACCGAAAAUUUAUCAAAUGAUAACAGUAAGAAAUAUGUUCCAUUAUACGUUUAUGAUGGUUGGUAUCAUAAACCUCCUAAAGUGGCGAUAAACCUUUUACUGCAAGAAAAAUUUGGACCUACACAAUUAAAAAAUUCAAUUGAAAAUUAUUAUUUUAAAAAAAGUUAUCAGGAAGCAUUAAGAUUAUCGUUAGAAUAUAUUGAUUUUGUAGAAAAAUCAAACAAUCACAAUUUAGCUAAUGAUGGUAGUAGUAAUAGCAAUGUUUAUAAUAAUCCCAAUAGAUUAACUAGUACGCGUGAAAUGUUAGAAAUAGCUUCUCAAUGUGCUUUAAAAUUGGGAGAUAUUGAAUUGGCUGUAAAAUGUGCUGAUAAACUGGUUUCAAAUGAACCUGGACAUAUAAACCUUAAAGAUUCGAUCAAAUGGUUUGUUAAAUAUCAGAAAAUUCGUAAAAAUGAUUAUAUUGUGUGGAAAGAAAUUGGUAAAACAUUCAUCAAUCAUUCUGAAAAUAAAACUGUUACCGAUAGUAAUAAUAGUAAUAGUAAUAGUAUAAUAUAUCAACAGUUUGCAUUGAUAUGCUUGAAACAUUCUUAUAAUAUAAUGGUAAAAUCUAAUUGGCAACAUCAUAUAGAUUAUUUAGAAAUCAGAUAUUUGGCUGAAAAGAAAGAAAUUGAAGAUUUAAUAAAUAAUUUAGAUAAAAGAAUUUUACUAAAUGCAGUGAACGCAGUGAAUAUAGUAGAAUUAACUGAUUGGAUAAAUAAUUUAAAGAAUCUAGAAGAAAAAGAAGACCAUUCAUCAAAUAACCUGGAUAUUGGAUCGGAUUUUAUUAGCAGACAAUAUCAACCGCUUAUAAGAGCUGUUAAUAAUAAUGAAAUAAUUAUGCAAAAUAUGAAAUGGGGAUUGGUUCCAUUUUGGACAAAGACAUCCCCGGAUUAUCCAAAUAUCAUUAAUUGUCGUGAUGACUCAUUACUUGAUGGUGGUAAAUCAAUGUUUACAUCGAUGAAGAAUUCUAAACGUUGUGUAAUAAUAGCUGAAGGAUUCUAUGAAUGGCUUAAAAAAGGAAAUAAAAGAUUGCCAUAUUAUACCAAAAGAAUAGAUGGUGAAUUAAUGUUAUUUGCCGGACUUUAUGAUUGCGUAACAUUCGAGUCAUCGGAAGAAAAAGGAGAAACAGGAAAAGAAGAGUUAUACACUUUUACAAUAAUUACAACAAAAUCAUCAAAGCAAUUAUCAUUUCUUCAUGAUCGUAUGCCAGUUGGUGGCGUUGCUUAUCUAGAAAUCAUAGCAAGUUUACCUCAAGCAAAAUUACAUUGUUCGGCUGACGAAGAUAGUCCUUGUGCAAAGGCAAAUUCUACAUUGCUUUUCGGAUGCAAUGGAAUAUUAAAGACUCCUGAUCAAUAUAUUAUUAAUGAAAAUACUUUUAAUGGAACUUAUGAACCUCAAACGAGUACGUUGGCAAAGUGUAUGUGUAAUCAAGAAUUUUAUGAUCAAUUGAGUGGUUGCAUUGAAUGUUUUAAGAACUAUUCAAAAGUACAUUUCGAAGUUGCUCCAGUUACGAGGUUUAAAAUUCUUUGUGCAGACCGUUUCUCAACUGAAUUUACCGAGUCUCCACCUGAGACAAUUAAAUCAAAUAAAACUAAAUAUGUUAUUGGGAUAAGUGUAGCAGUAUUGCUAUUAAUAAUCUUGGGAAUAAUAAUAUAUCUAUGUAUUGUAAAACGAAGAAAAAAUAAAAAUAAAAAUAAGAGAGAUUCGAUGAAAUCCUUAAAAUUGGUAGAUAGCAAUACCGUUAAUACACCAUUAAUGAAGAGUUUUGCUAAUAAGAAUAGAUCAGAACUUGAUGUAUAUUACCCACCACCAACAAGUUUAGAAAAUGUCAGUCAUCAUUAUCCACCACCAAAUUCACAGCAAACACACCCCCCAUCCGAUACUCCAAUAUCACCAGUAUCACAACAACAGCCACCGUCACCACUUCCAACAUCAUCAUCAGAUUAUCAACAACAACAAACUUAUUAUCCAACAUCGUCAAAUCAGCCCGUAAGUAACAUACAAAUCCCAACUCAAUCAGCGUCAGGGGAAAUUCCUUACUAUCCACCACCUGCAAAUCCUUCCGAUUUGUCACCAUACCCCGGACCUCAAAAUAAUAAUCCACCUGGUAGUUAUUAUGGUAACCAAUAUUGA